AUGAAUUAUAUCCUUGCUCGCUCCUGCCCAUGUCUACUGCACGCCUGCACACCUGCAAACGACCCCAUCGUAGGUACCUACAUACCGAUACCUUACCAGACUUGCCUACCUUACCUACCUCAAGCUUGCUCAAGCCUCGAGGUACAUGCAUCUCCUGCAUCCCCUGGGCGACAUCCAAUGUCUCUUCUUCCCCCCUCUUCCGAGAAGGAUACCUUUCCUCACCGAGUUGACCCUGCUUUAGUCUGCCACUUUCUGAGGUACGCCAGUGAAAGAGGGUGUACCAGUCUUUCUUUUCCUCAGCAAAACCUAUACUGCGCCAAUGCCGCGUGGAGGUGGGGAACGUCUUGCGGGAAGUCCACAUCGCGGGUUUAG